AUGAUCUACAAAAGACACUGCUUCGUCCCACAAACGCCAGUUGUAUCCAACGCGGUUACCAAAAUGAACGCCCUACUCGUCGUCGCGGUCCUAGUGUCAACUAUUAUCUAUUUAUUGUACGUACUUACUACCCGAAAGUUCGAUUAUUGGAAAAAGAAAAAUGUGCCUCACCACAAACCUUGGCCUCUUUUAGGCAACUACGCAAAAUAUAUUCUGCAAUUAGAAUACCCGGGGCAUACAAUACAGAAACUUUGUCAUAAAUUCAAGGAUGAGCCAUAUUUUGGUUCUUACUAUGGAACAGAACCUACCCUCGUGGUCACAAGCCCUGAAAUGCUCAAACAUGUUCUGACGAAGGACUUUUACUACGUAAACGGCAGGGAGUCGUCGGACUACUCUGGGAGUGAGAUUACGACUCAAAACGUGUUCUUCAAUGCAGGAGACAGAUGGAAGAUUGUGCGACAGAACCUGACUCCACUCUUCACGUCUGCAAAGAUGAGGAAUAUGUUCCACUUGAUAGAAAAGUGCACUCACGUGUUCGAAGACAUGAUUGACUACGAAACUGGUAUGUCCAAAACAAUUGAAGCAAGGCGAUUCAGUGCCAGAUUUACCAUGGACUGCAUAUGUUCUUGCGCCUUCGGAGUGGAAGCCAACACCAUGGCACCGAUCCAAGGGGACGAUACCAACCCCUUCAGAUUCAUGGGCAAUCAAAUAUUUGAGAUUUCCUACGCAAGGGGAUUCAAAAUUGUCUUCAGAGCUAUCUGGCCAUCUAUUUUCUAUCGCCUGGGAUACCAACUUUUCCCGCCAGCAGUAGACCAAUUCUUUAACAAACUAUUGAAAGGAGUGUUAGAAAGUCGCAACUACGAGCCAUCGAGUAGGAACGAUUUUAUUGACUUAAUUCUAGGUUUUAAGAAAGAGGAGAUCAUAACUGGUGAUAGUAUAAGCAACAUGAAGACUGGUGAGAGCAAGAAAAUAACUAUGAAGGUUGACGAAGAAUUGUUAUUGGCUCAGUGCAUUGUAUUCUUUGCUGCUGGUUACGAGACAUCUGCCGGUACAAUGAGCUACACUUUAUUUGAGCUGGCGAAAAACCCUGAAGCUCAGAAGCGAGCUGCUGAUGAAGUUGACGCUUUCCUUCGUCGUCAUAACAACAAAAUCAACUAUGAUGUUGUGAACGAAAUGCCUUUCCUUGAAGCUUGUGUUUACGAAGUUCUUCGCAUGUACCCUGUCUUAGGCAAUUUGACACGUGAGGUCAUGGACCAGUAUGUGUUACCUACAGGGUUACAGCUCGACAAAGGAGUCAGGAUCCAUGUACCAAUCUACCACAUCCAUCACAAUUCGGAAUACUUCCCAGACCCAUUCUCGUUCCAACCUGAGAGGUUUCUGCCAGAAAAUAAGGAUAAAAUCAAGCCAAACACAUUCUUCCCCUUUGGUGCGGGCCCCAGGUUAUGUCUAGGACUCCGAUUCGCGAAGAUGCAAGUACUGGCUGGCCUCGUCACCAUAUUAAAGAAAUACAGAAUGGAGCUAUCAGACACCAUGCCAAGAGACUUGGUCUUCGACGCUAGAACAUUCCUCACGCAGCCCAAAGACCAGGGUAUUGAUCUAAGGUUUAUUGAACGAGAAGGAUGGGAAAGUAGAAAAUAUGUACGAGCGUAAACUUAAAUAUCUUGAUUAAUAGAUAAAUUGUUUUGUUGUAAAAGUCUUAGUUGUGAUUUACGGCGGUUUUUAUAAGCUAUCCAUCCUUUAUUUGCGGUUAAAGAUUGAAUUUUGAUGUAAGCUCAAUGUAAAUUAUGUAUUUCAAUUCUUAAUCGCAAAUAAAGGAUAGAUUGCAUAUAGAAACCUGUUGCUUUUAAGGGACUUAGCAAGAACCUUCUAAUGUGAAUAGCUUAUUUUCGUGUAAGUGAUUUUCUAAUCGCUCAUUUUUUUCCUGAUGUCCGAUUCGAAAAUCGCUUACAUGAAAAUAAGCUUACAUUGGUAGGUUCGUGACAAGUUCCUCAAAUGACGGUUAUGGACAAGCCCAACGGAAAUUGUCUGAUUCCUUAUUUAAUUUUUAAUUAAAUGAUUGAAUUACAAGCAAA